GUAUUUUCCUUCAGAGGCGGUCGCUGCAGCUAAGCCGAAACGAUUCUGAGUGACCGACUGUUUAUUACGUAUAUUAACUCGGUAGGAUAAACAAAAACAAAUCGGAUUUCAUUGUUAUCAUACAAUUUGAAGGUGUCUAAAAAGUGCCUGAAAUGCUGUCUGUGUUGGCAUCUUACUAAGUUUUGAGACACCACUGAAAGAGAACUCCUGGUCAAGACUGUAUAUUCUUUGAGACAGACUUUCUGCACUGAAUUUUGAAGCAUAUUUUGGGUCCAUUUGUUUGAGACUCUUCCCACCUAUUCCAUAAGCCACUGAGUAUGUCAGUGGCUCUUCUCAUGCGAUAUGCCACGCUCAGCGGGUCCCGUGUCUGCAGCAGGGCUGCCCUCGGCCUGACCAAUGCCCAUCAGGAAGACCCGAGACGUGCUCUACACACUCCAUCAUCUCCUCGGUGCAGUAACUCCCGCUUUGAUCCAGACAGCAGUGGCCAUCCGACUACCUGGGACUCCUUUGGGAUCUGGGACAACCGCAUCGAUGAGCCCAUCAUGCUUCCGUCGAGCAUCCGAUAUGGUAAACUUAUUCCCAAAGUUAGCCUGACCAAGGUGGGCUGCGCCUCGCUGAUUGGUCAGCGGAAGGAGAACGAAGACCGCUAUCAACUAUCACAGAUGACGGACAACAUAAUGUACUUUGCAGUUUUUGAUGGGCACGGGGGUGCAGAGGCUGCUGAUUUCUGCCACAAGAACAUGGAGAAGUAUAUCAAAGACAUUGCAGAGAAGGAGAAUAACUUGGAGUUAGUUUUAACCAAGGCAUUUCUUGAGGUGGACAAAGCGUUAGCAAGGCAUCUUCACUUCAGUGCAGAUGCCUCUCUGUUGAGUGCAGGGACCACAGCCACGGUGGCUCUGCUGAGAGAUGGGAUCGAGCUGGUGGUGGGCAGCGUGGGGGACAGCCGUGCUAUGAUGUGCCGCAAAGGCAAGGCCCUCAAACUCACUGUGGAUCACACGCCUGAGAGAAAGGAUGAAAAAGAGAGGAUACGCAAGACUGGAGGUUUUAUUACGUGGAAUAGUUUGGGUCAGCCUCAUGUCAACGGCAGACUGGCCAUGACACGCAGCAUUGGAGAUUUCGACCUCAAAACGUCAGGUGUCAUCGCAGAACCAGAGACUAAGAGAGUUUCAUUGCAUCACGUCCAUGAUGCCUUCCUGGCACUCACUACUGAUGGCAUCAACUUCAUCAUGAACAGUCAGGAGAUCUGUGAUGUCAUUAACCAAUGUAACGACCCUAAAGAGGCCGCACAACGCAUAUCUGAGCAGGCUCUUCAGUAUGGAUCUGAAGACAACAGCACUAUCAUGGUGGUGCCGUUCGGUGCCUGGGGCAAACACAAAAGCUCUGACGUGAGCUUUUCCUUCAGUCGCAGUUUCGUCUCCAGUGGUCGCUGGGCCUAAGCAAAAAUAAUAAGACAUUGAUGGUAUAAGUGAUGCGCAAAAGUGACUCACUAAUAUGAACUGAUCAACGUGCAAUAUUCUCUUUAUCCAUCCUGUGAGGAUCACCUCAAAAAAAAGACCAUUACAUACUUCAGUUAUUUUGCCUAGAGAAGCAAAUUAAUAUCUAAGACGUUUGUGUUAAAGGUUUUCCUUGUCUUGAAAUCUUUCUCAUAUUUAUCUCCUGACCUGUGGUGCUAACCAACAAUUUGGUUACCUCAGUUCUGGUUUUCACUUUUGCAUAUAUAAUACUUUAGUGGAAUCAACAUUUUAUUUUCACAACAGGAAAUUUAAGCACUUUCCUCAUGACUCUCGUCUUUGUAGUGUUGAGGGACACGCAGAAGCACAUUUCAAUGGUCUAUAGUCUUUGUCUGAUGGCUGUGCACAUUCAUAAGCCCAUAUUCACAGAGUUAGACUACUGUAUAUACUGUGUAUACUGAAGUAUGAACUCCUAUUCCUUGUGCAAGCACACAUUUCUAUAAUUCGAUCUAUUAUUAGUGUGAAUAUUCAUUCAUACAGUUUUCCAGUUUAACAACCAGCAAUUUUAAAGCUACACUAAGAAAUAUUUCUACCAAAGGGAAUCUGCAACCCAACUUGAGGACCAUUGUGUGAACAAAUUGAUGAUUUCUGUGCCUUUUCCAUAAAAGUCUGUUCUUAUUUCACAUGCUUGAGUCAUUCUGGUAAGGAACUCAACUUUAGGUUCAUAUCUAAAGUUUUAAACUGUGACUUGUGCUUAUUUAGUGUUACCAGACAAACUAUUUUUGUUCAGAUUGUAUGGUUUUCCGUACAAUGCAUAGAUCAAAGUGCAGUUUUAUGUUAUUUAUAUAAUGUAUAUGAUGGACAGUUAACUUUAUGGUUUAUGCGUUUGUAUAGAUGUUAUAUUUAAAUACAUCUUUUCUUCUAAAGUCUCCUAGUUACAGGAGAGAAGUGAACGUCAUUCAUUCAUCCUCUGACAUGAUCGUUGUAAUUGCAGACAUUCUGCUCUAACUUUAAAACCUCCAGCUUUUAAUCGAAAAGGCUUCUGUCAUGAUCUCUAAUGUCCAGUGAAUUUUAUUUGUAGAGCCAUACACACGUGACCUCAGCAAGUCGGCAUCUCGGUUCAUAUUCUAGUGCUGUUUCUUCAUGUAUUGAUUUCUGCAUUAACAUUUCUUUCAUUCUCAUUCAGCGUUUCCUCUAAUUUUAGACUUUUAACAGGCUUUUUUUAUGUCUUCCUCUUUCCAAAGCAUAUCCAGUAUAUGAUGGGUGUCCUUUUUCUGUUCAUAUUUACUGUUUUUCAGAUAUUAUGUUUCUGUCAGAAUGUAUUACAUUCAGUGUUAACACAACUGUGCAUGGAUCUUACCUAGAACAAUCUGUAAAACAACUACAAGUGUUUCCUGCUCUAUAUAUGGACCUAUCUUUGCUAUUAUUGAUAAGCUGUUUAUUGUAAAAUACAGUGCAGCUGUGAAUAAAGUUUUACCAGAAACAUC